CUGAGCCUGACUAAGACAGGGAUAACCUCUCACUUCACGGGGUCACUGGAAGGCCCCUGUCCUUCCUGGAUCUGCCCUCCGGCUGAGGACAGCCUCAUCGACCGUCUCUUGAACCUCCUUUCUCCAGGCUCAAGUGGGACCCACAUCUACGGGGGUUCCAGGAACAUGGCGCUGCUCUGGGGGCUCCUGGUGCUCAGCUCGUCCUGCCUGCAAAGCCCCUGCUCAGCGUUCUCUCCCGUGAGCGCCAGGGAGCCCUUGGGCCUGCAGCUGGUGAGCGGGCAGACCCAGCAGAAGCUACCCCCACUUGCCCUCCUCAAGUUGGACAACCAGGAGCCUCGUGGCCAGACUGCCCCAAAGAAGGCCCCAGGAGACUGCAAGGGGUCCCCAGACCCGGAGCAGACCCGCAGGCUGGCCCAGGCCAUGAUGGCCUUCACCACAGACCUCUUCUCCCUGGUGGCCCAAAGCUCCACCAGGCCCAACCUGAUCCUGUCGCCUCUGAGUGUGGCCCUGGCGCUGUCUCACCUGGCACUAGGUGCUCAGAACCAAACGCUGCAGAGGCUGCAGCAGGUGCUGCACGUGGACUCGGGGCCCUGCCUCCCCCACCUGCUCAGCCGCCUCUGCCAGGACCUGGGCCCCGGGGCUUUCCGAUUGGCUGCCAGAAUGUACCUGCAGAAAGGAUUUCCCAUCAAAGAGGACUUCUUGGAACAAUCAGAACAGCUCUUUGGUGCAAAGCCCAUGAGCCUGACGGGAAGGAAGAGGGAUGAUCUGGCAAACAUCAACCAGUGGGUGAAGGAGGCCACAGAGGGGAAGAUUGAAGAUUUCCUCUCAGAUCUGCCAGAUGACACAGUGUUGCUUCUCCUCAAUGCCAUCCACUUCCAGGGCUUCUGGAGGAGGAAGUUCGACCCGAAUCUCACGCAGAGAGACACUUUCCACCUGGACGAGCAGUUCACGGUGCCGGUGGACAUGAUGCAAGCCCACACGUACCCGCUGCGCUGGUUUCUGCUGGAGCAGCCUGAGAUCCAGGUGGCUCAUUUCCCCUUUAAGAACAACAUGAGCUUUGUGGUCCUCGUGCCCACCCGUUUUGAGUGGAACGUGUCCCAGGUGCUGGCUAACCUGAGCUGGGGCAUCCUGCACCAGCCCUUGCUGCGGGAGAGGCCCACCAAGGUCCAGCUGCCUAAGCUGCAUCUGAAGUACCACAUGGACCUGGUGGCCAUUCUCAGCCAGCUGGGCCUGCAGGAACUGUUCCAGGCCCCGGACCUGCGUGGGAUCUCAGACCAGAGCCUGGUGGUGUCCAGCGUGCAGCAUCAGUCCACGCUGGAGCUCAGCGAGGCCGGCGUGGAGGCGGCCGCGACCACCAGCACGGCCAUGUCCCGCAUGUCCCUCUCCUCCUUCAGCGUGAACCGCCCCUUCCUCUUCUUCAUCCUCGAGGGCAGCACGAGCCUGCCCCUCUUUGUGGGCAGCGUGCGGAACCCCAACCCUGGGGCGCAGCCGGAACGCAAGGAGCAGCGGGAUUCCCCUGACGGUGGGGACCUUGUCCAGGACCACAAAGGCUUCCCCCGCGGAGACAAGCCCUUCGGCCCUGACUUAAAACUUGCGCCCCCCUCGGAGGAGGAUUACCCCCAACCUAGCAGCCCCAAGUGAGGGGCUGUGGCCGCCAGCAUCCCGAGUCCCUGCUUGGACCAGCCUCUCAACUCGUGACUCUUU